CUCUCCUUCUAUUGUCUCUCUAUUUUCUCUCAGCCCUCUCUUAUCCACUCUCAGUAGCCAAGCCAGCUUCCCUCUGCAGCUCUGGCUUCAACAACUCCUUUUCUCCCGAGCCCCACAGCUCAAUUUCAACAGCCGCGGCCGCCAUGGAAGCCUCGAAAGAAGCCGAGCUUCAUUUCCAUGUCCACCCCCGAAACUCCCAGUUUCUCACACAACACCCAUUUUUCCGCGUCCAAUUUCCCCCAAACCCUCAAACUCCCUUCACUUCACAAUCCGCCCCCGCUUCUCCCACCUCCUAUCUCAGACGCCACCGACCACAAUUACCCCGGAAACGCCGACAAUUUAUCGAAUUUGCAGGUAAUUCCGACGAAUUUGACGGGUGAAUCGGGCGGGAGGGUUUUCAUUCGGGACCCUCCGUGGAUUUCCGCUCUUUUCAUGAAAAACCUGCUCUUUAGGAGCAAAAAAACCAGCGGGGUCAAGCUAGAGUUCCAGGAAAUGGAGAGGAGGAAGUAUUAUCUGCUGAGGAGGAGGCAGGUGAAGGCGGAGACUGAGGCGUGGCAGAAUAUGGUGGAGGAAUACAGAGAGCUGGAAAGGGAAAUGUGCGAGAGGAAAUUGGCGCCUAAUUUGCCCUAUUUUAAGAAAUUGAUGCUGGGAUGGUUUCAGCCUUUCAGGGAGGCUAUUGAGAAGGAGCAGAAUUUGCGGAGGUCACUCAAGAAUAAGGCCGCUUUUGCGCCUUUUAUCGAUGCUUUGCCUGCUGACAAAAUAGCUAUUAUCGUGAUGCAUAAAAUCAUGUCGCUGUUGAUGGUGGGAGGCAACGAGGACAGGAGCGUUCGCGUGGUGGAAGCUGCCGUUCAAAUUGGAGUAGCAAUUGAGCAAGAAAUUAGAAUCCAGAACUUCUUUAAGAAAGAAAAAAAUGAUAAGGGGAGGGAAGUGGUAGCUGAAGGUGAAGAAGAUCCGAGUAAGGAAGUUGCUAAUCUAAGACAACGUGUUAAACGUUUAAUUAAAAGGAACAGGGUCAAUGAAGUGCAAAAGCUAUUGAGAAGUGAAGAAUUCCAGUCAUGGGGUCGAGAUACACAAGCCAAGUUGGGAUGUUGUCUUAUAGAAUUGUUAACUCAAAGUGCUUAUGUUCAACCUCCAAUAGAUCAGACAGCUGAUUGCCCCCCUGAAGUUCGCCCUGCAUUUAGGCAUGUCUUCAAGAUUGCAGCCAGAGAACCAGGGCAGACCAUUAUGAAAAAGUAUGGCGCCAUUGAAUGUGAUCCAUUGGUCCUUCAUGGACUCGAUAAAACUGUAAGACAUAUGAUCAUUCCUUAUGUCCCAAUGUUGGUGCCACCAAGAAGAUGGAAAGGGUAUGACAAAGGUGGUUACCUAUUUUUGCCUUCAUACCUAAUGCGUACUCACGGGUCGCAGAAGCAACAGGAUGCUGUUCGAGCUGUUCCUCCGAAACAAAUGCAGAAAGUAUAUGAGGCCCUUGAUACAUUAGGAACAACUAAGUGGAGAGUAAAUAAACGUAUUUUAAGCGUGGUGGAAAGCCUUUGGGCUGCAGGUGGUAACAUAGCUGGUUUGGUAAACCGUGAAAAUGUUCCAAUACCUGAGUUGUUGUCGGAUGAUGAAAAAGAAAUAAAAAGCUGGAAAUGGAGCGUGAGGAAGGUGAAGAAAAUCAAUCAAGAGAGACAUUCACAAAGAUGUGAUUUAGAACUAAAGCUUUCUGUUGCUCGGAAGAUGAAAGACGAGGAAGGUUUUUACUAUCCCCACAAUCUUGACUUUCGAGGCCGUGCAUAUCCUAUGCACCCUCAUUUGAAUCAUCUUAGCUCUGAUCUUUGUCGAGGAAUCCUUGAAUUUGCUGAAGGAAGACCUUUGGGAAAGUCUGGCUUACGUUGGUUAAAGAUUCAUUUAGCAAAUCUCUAUGGCGGGGGUGUUGAAAAGCUCUCUUAUGAUGACCGCAUCUCAUUUGUGGAAAAUAAUAUAGCAGAUAUAUUAGAUUCUGCUGAUAAUUCUCUUAACGGAAACCGCUGGUGGUUGAAGGCAGAGGAUCCUUUUCAAUGCCUAGCCGCUUGUAUUAAUUUGUCGGAAGCCUUAAAAAGCUCGUCGCCACAUACUGUUAUAUCCCACUUACCAAUACAUCAGGAUGGAUCAUGCAACGGACUGCAGCAUUAUGCAGCUCUUGGGAGAGAUAGUUUUGAAGCUGCUGCAGUCAACUUAGUUGCUGGUGAUAAGCCUUCUGAUGUAUACUCAGAGAUUGCAGAGAGGGUCCACAAAAUCAUGAAAAGAGAUAGUGAAAAGGAUCCUGAAACUGAUCCAAAUGCUUUGCUAGCCACACUCUUAAUUGGCCAGGUGGACAGGAAGCUUGUGAAACAGACAGUGAUGACUUCAGUAUAUGGUGUCACCUAUGUUGGUGCGAGGGAGCAGAUCUUACGAAGAUUGGAGGAAAAGGGUGUCAUCAGUGAUGACAAGAUGCUCUUCAAUGCAGCAUGUUAUGCUGCUCGAGUCACAAUGGCAGCUCUUGAGGAGUUAUUUCAAGCUGCACGGGCCAUAAUGGGUUGGCUUGGUGACUGUGCAAAGAUAAUUGCUCAAGAAAAUCAACCUGUAUGUUGGACAACUCCCUUAGGUCUGCCUGUGGUACAACCAUACUUUAAAACUCAACGGCAUGUAAUAAAAACAUCUCUUCAAGUUUUGGCUUUGCAGCGUGAGGGUGAUUCAGUUGAGGUAAGAAAGCAGAGAACAGCGUUCCCUCCGAACUUUGUGCACUCAUUGGAUGGUUCACACAUGAUGAUGACUGCCAUUGCUUGUCGGAGUGCUGGGCUGCGUUUUGCAGGUGUGCACGAUUCAUUCUGGACACACGCAUGUGAUGUUGAUCUAAUGAAUCACAUAUUACGACGUAAAUUUGUGGAGCUAUACAGUACACCAGUACUUGAAAAUCUGCUCAAGAGCUUCCAGACGUCGCAUCCAACCCUGACUUUCCCCCCACUACCGGAAAGAGGAGACUUUGAUCUGGAAAAGGUCCUUGAAUCUCCAUACUUCUUCAACUGAUCAUCCACUCUGAGAAUUUCUCUCUUAUUGGAGACGGAGUUGCUCUUAAUGCUGCUGGUUUAGUAGAAACUGCAUUUGUGCGAGCAGAGAGGAGAGCUCUUCUUUUUUUGCUCUUCCUCACGUUCUUGGAAGAGCCCGAUGGUGCUCCUCAGUAUUCUAUUGCAGAGAGGAAUUAAGUAGAUAUGCAGCUCUUCCAUUGCUAUUUACCUCCUUCCAAAUUCAAGAUUUCGUAAUCAUCGGGAUACUCUUGAACUUCGGAUGAGGAUGAUAAACAGGAGCAUAGGCCAGACAUAAGAAAAUGCCAUAGAGAAGAUAGGAAAUGGCUACAUUUUUGGAGAGGGAUGAUUUGUUUAUAUGUUGCUUCACGGCAUAGGCAAGUAGUUAUAUUUUGAUGUUCGGAUCCAAGUUCUAGAGCUGUAUAGUUUUCUAGUUUUGUAUAUGGUCAUCAUAUAUUAUCGAAAAAUUGUAAGAUAAUUGAAUGGAUAUAGCAAAGGAAAAUUUUGAAGGGAUUAAUCUGUA